CGCGGCGGCGUCGUCGUCGUCGUCGUCGUCGUCGUCGUCCCCGCCGGGAUCGGGUGGAAGAUGGCGCCGGGCGGAUGGAAAUCCUAAUGACAGUCUACAAAUUGGCCUCCGUCUGUACCAUGGGCACCAAUGCCUCGGCUUUAGAGAAAGAGAUUGGUCCCGAACAGUUUCCGGUCAACGAGCACUAUUUUGGAUUAGUAAAUUUUGGGAAUACCUGCUACUGCAACUCGGUCCUCCAGGCGCUUUAUUUUUGCCGUCCGUUUCGGGAAAAAGUUCUAGCUUACAAGAGCCAACCCAGGAAGAAGGAGAACCUACUUACGUGCUUAGCCGACCUCUUCCACAGCAUAGCGACGCAGAAGAAGAAGGUGGGGGUGAUCCCACCCAAGAAGUUUAUAACCAGAUUACGAAAGGAAAAUGAGCUUUUUGACAACUACAUGCAACAAGAUGCCCACGAGUUCUUAAAUUACCUUCUGAACACGGUUGCUGAUAUCCUGCAAGAAGAGAGGAAGCAGGAGAAGCAAAACGGCCGCCUGCUGAACGGCAGUCUCGACAGUGAAAAUAACAACAGCCCACCCGACCCGACUUGGGUCCACGAGAUCUUUCAGGGAACAUUAACCAACGAAACCAGAUGUCUUACCUGCGAAACGAUAAGCAGCAAAGAUGAAGAUUUUUUAGACCUUUCUGUUGACGUGGAGCAAAACACAUCGAUUACCCACUGUUUAAGGGGUUUCAGCAACACGGAAACUUUGUGCAGUGAGUACAAGUAUUAUUGUGAAGAAUGCCGCAGCAAGCAGGAAGCACACAAAAGGAUGAAAGUCAAAAAGCUGCCGAUGAUCCUGGCGCUCCACCUGAAGAGGUUCAAGUACAUGGAUCAGCUUCACCGCUACACCAAGCUGUCCUACCGCGUCGUCUUCCCGCUGGAGCUGCGCCUGUUCAACACGUCCGGGGGGGCCACCAACCCCGACCGCAUGUACGACCUCGUCGCCGUCGUGGUCCACUGCGGGAGCGGGCCCAACCGAGGACAUUACAUCGCCAUAGUGAAGAGUCACGACUUCUGGUUGCUGUUUGACGACGACAUUGUAGAAAAAAUAGAUGCACAAGCUAUCGAGGAAUUCUACGGGUUGACGUCAGACAUCUCAAAGAACUCUGAGUCGGGUUACAUCCUCUUCUACCAGUCUCGGGACUGAGCCGGCCGGACCCGGCCUCGCCUCGCGGCGCCCCGAGAUCCCCAGGGAGCCGAGGUGCCCGGAGGUGGCGGCGGCGGCGGGCGCCCACUGAGCUCAGAGUGACCGACCCCAAACCUCCGUGCUGGUUUCCCAGAGCCGGGAAUGUCUCGGCUUCCAGGCACCGGGAACUUGCUUACCUUGGCUUGGGGAGCGGUGACGGACGGACGGACGGGACCCGGGGGUGGGAGUCUUGCGGCCGCGUCUGCUCUGGCGGCCCUAUUCCGGGGGUUUUCCCGGCUCAUCCGGAAAACGGGCUCGGACCCAACACUUGCAGUUUGCCUUCCUGACGGGGGCAGGUGAUAGAAAUCAGCGUCGGGGGCGGGGGGGCAAACAAGUUCUGCUUCUCUGAAGAAGCUUGUACUAUGAUGCUAUACAAUAUAUGUGUAUAUGUUGGGAACAAUUGGUCCAGGUAGCGACUUUUUGUCUCCCCCAGGGGAAAGACUGGCUGUUGUAAUUAUAGAUUAUUUUUAUUUAUUUGACUUACCGUAUCCGCUAGAGUCCGAGUAUUGUCUGUAUUGCCCCCGUGAUUUUAACAAACAUUUUGUGCAUAUAUAUAUGUAAAUAUAUAUAUAUAUAUGUAUGUAUACAUAUUAGUUUUAGUGAAGAUAAUUCUAUAUCCUUUAACUAUUUAAUUUCCUGUUUUGAGGGAUAAAUUUGAAUUCUACCUGCUAUCAGCAAGACCCCUGCCUUUAAGUCCGAAAUGCCCUUGAGAGACAAGGUAGCAUUCUUUCUCUUUGUGUGCGCGCGCAUACCUCUGUCUCUGGAGGCGUGGGGCUGUCUCCCGAAAGACGCGUCCUUGUUUCUACACUCAGGCCCAAUGGAAACUCAUUUCAACUGGAAUCGCACCAACGAGUUUCCAAACUUGUUCCGGAGCUGCCUGAAAAAGAAGAUCAGGGUCCCGGUCUUUCUGAGUUUCGUUCCCCCCUCCCCGCCCCACCACCUCCCUGGGAAGGAGCCACUCAGGGUGGCUUGGUCCGCACCUGAGGGGACAGAAGACCGGCCUCACACCGCAGCCCUCCCAGGAUGAGAUGCUCUCACCAAUUAUUAAUCGCUAGACGAAACUCUCAGAAAUCGGAAAUGAGUUUCUAUAAUGAUUUUCUGUUGGGGAGUUAAAGAAACCAAACCUCCGUGGUGGUUAAAUUAUGGCAGCACCAAGUAAUAAGGAUAUGUGUGUUUGUGUGAGAGCGAGAGAGACUGACUAGGGGUGGGCAGCUGUGCCAGAUGGAUACCUUCUCCUAUGAUCAGAACGACGGCCGAUUGUAGCGUGCGGCAACGACUGGCCCCGUACUUCAGCUGGGGGCCGGGGAGGGGAGUCCCUUCUCCAGGCGUGAUCUGUUUUGACCUGAUGGGGAAUUUCUAGAAAGCAUUUUAGGACGUGCUCAGUCCGGGAAAAAAGAGAAUGUCUUACGUCUGCUGCUAUGAUGAACUUCUCUGUACCUUUUAGCUCAGGAAGUGUGACUUCACCUACUGGUUCGGUCCAACAGGGUGGCUUGGGAAACCGGGCUGUUCAAGCAAAAGUGCCAAGAGCAAGGCGGGUGUGCGGGCGAGGUUAAGAUCCCCCCGUGACCCUCCGUCCACCGGCCUGGGCUCCGCCUGAAGAUGGAGCGGCCCCUCAGUCGGUCCCAGUGCUCCUGCCCGUUACCGACGCGGCUCUGCCCUUGCCCAGAAAAAGUACACACCCAUUAAACUGCAAGUUUUCCAUCUAGAAGGAGCUCAGAAUCAUAUGACAGGUUCCUUUUUUUUUUUAUCCCCCACCCCAUCCUCAUUUUCUACAACACUGACUUUGGGGGAGUUCGGACAACGACUUCUCAAUUUGCUCUUUUACUUCUAAGUGCAGCUGAAACUAAAUGGAAAACCUUGGAGUCGAGGCCAGACACAGGACUUUGGCACAAGCGCCGGAGGGGUCGGGGCGAGGAAAGAAGGCAAUAAGCACGAAAGCAUUACGAGCCGGUCGGGGCUGACCCGCAGCGUACCUACCGCCGUACAGGUAACGGUGGAACGACAGGCGCCUCCGUUGUAAAGCGGGGUACGCAUUGCCGGCGACGGAUGUUCCCCGCUGGCCUCGUGCGGGAUGGUGUUGCAGGGAGAUUCGGUCUUCACAGCCUCCUCUGUUUUCAGGUGGCUAGUUCCUCGAUACCGACCCCUCCAAACACAUGGGGAGAGGGUGGUUCCGUCCCUCCCGGCUCCUCCCGCCACACUCCGCAUCCACUUACCUCACAGGGUUGUUGUGGGGAUUCAUUAGGAAACGUCUGUAAAGCGCGUGGCGGGCGCCCCGUGGGCAACAGUGCUCGACGAACGUCAAAUUAAUAUCCAUUAAAGCUGGUUUACUUGUG